UACGUGGUUUGCCAGCCCUAGUUUAGGAAGGUUCAGUAAAAUCAAACAAAGAAAGACGAGCGAAUUUUCCAUUUUACCUAUACUAUAUAGACACCAAAGUGAUAUAAAUAAGUUAGCCAAUUGACCUUGGGCUUGGUGCAUGAUGUCAAGCCCAAAUAUUAACUACAGCUCCUUGGCCGAGGCGAAUCCGUUUCGAGAGACCGAGCAACAUGACGAAGCAACAACAAAAGCGGACGACGCAAAAUCAUUUACAGCUGCUGCGCAUUUAGACCCCCUCAACGACCAUGAGCCAGAGAACGAAGACACUCCACGCAACAGUGGCAUCAUGAUACACAUGGUGCCAGAGACGGGCAGGGCACGAUGGAACCACAUCGAGGACCUUGACUCGUUCUUCUCCCGCAUGUACAACUACCAGCAAAAGCACGGCUUUCAGGUGAUUGUCCUGGACGAGGUGUUCCAGGUGCUGGAGUUUGGCUUUGUUGUCUGGCUGCUCACCUUCGUGACGUACUGCAUCAGGCACGACGUGCUCUUCGGGGACGCCCUCCCCCCGGGGAACCACUCCAAAACUACACUCAGCGAUGUGAUCAUACCCACCGGGGAGUGUGUGAUCAAAUUCAGCUGGUUCGCCUACCUUAUCAUAUUCAUAGCUGCCAUCUACUUGGGCUUUCGGGUGCUCAAGAUGAUCUAUCACAUCACUCAAUAUGCGGACAUCAAGAAGUUCUACAACACGGCCCUGGGCGUCGAGGACACUGACCUGGACAACACCACCUGGCACGAGGUGCAGCAGCGCAUUCGCAGAGUGCAGGCAGAGCAGCAUAUGUGCAUUGACAAGGAGUCCCUCACGGAGCUGGACAUCUACCAUCGCGUGCUGCGGUUCAAGAACUAUCUGGUGGCCCUGAUGAACAAGCAGCUGCUGCCCGUGCGCUUCCACCUGCCGUUUCUGGGCGAGAUAUGCUCCCUCAGCCGGGGGAUGCUGUUCAACAUCGACUUCAUCCUGUUCCGUGGGCCCGGAUCGCCCUUCCAGAACAACUGGCAGCUGAGGGACGAGUUCGCGGUGAGAAGUAACCAAACGGAGUUGGCCCAGCGCCUGUCCAAGCUAAUACUGGGCGUGGCCCUGGUCAAUCUCCUACUGGCACCUGUGAUCUUCAUCUGGCAGCUCAUCUACUUUAGUUUCUCCUACGCCAACAUCCUGCGGAAGGACCCAAGUGCGUUGGGUCUGCGGACCUGGUCCAACUACGGACGCCUCUAUCUGCGCCACUUCAACGAGCUGGAUCACGAGCUCGAUGCGAGACUGAACCGCGCCUACGAGUAUGCCGACCGCUACCUCAGUUCCUUCUCCUCCCCGCUGGCCGCUGUGAUAGCCCGCAAUCUGCUGUUCGUGAGCGGAGGCAUUCUGCUGCUGAUACUGGCCUUUGGCAUCUACGAGGAGCACGUCUUCCAGGUGGAGCAUGUCCUCAGCAUCAUAGCCGUUCUCACUGUGGUGGGCGUCGUCUGCCGCACCCUGAUUCCCGACGAGAACAUGAUCUGGUGUCCCGAACAGCUGAUGACAGCCAUCCUCGCCCACGUCCAUUACCUGCCCACGGAGUGGAAGCAACAUGCCCACACGGCACUGGUCCGCAAUGAGUUCAGCAACUUCUUCCAGUUCAAGGCGGGCUACCUGCUCAGCGAGAUCUUCAGUCCGUUCGUGACUCCCUUCGUUCUGAUCUUCGUGUUCCGGCCCAAGGCCAUGGAGAUUGUCAAGUUCUUCAGAACCUUUACGGUCUCGGUGCGCGGAGUGGGCAACGUCUGCUCGUUCGCCCAGAUGGAUGUGCGCAAGCACGGCAAUCCCGACUGGCAGCUAAACAGCGACCUGGAGGAGCUCGCCAAGCCGCAGCAGACGAGUCUGGUCGGCGGUAAGACUGAGAUGUCGCUGGUCCGCUUCACGCUCAACAAUCCCGAGUGGCAGAUGCCCAAGGAGGCUUCGCUGUUCAUCAAGGGCAUUCGGGAGCACGCCAUCGAGGAGCUGGUACAGGCCAAGACCUCGGCCAUGCAUGAGAAUCCGCUCACCCACAGCCUGAUCUCAUUCGGCACCAUUGGCGAGGAGUACUGCUCCAUAGCCAAUUCGGUUUUGGCCGCCCAGCUGAGUCCCGCCCAGAUGGAGCUCUCCCAGUCCCUUCGCCCCGGAGGCUUCCCCGUCGCUGGCAGCGAUUUCCGCCAAAUGCUGCAGCAGAAUCUGACCGCCAGCGUGGGACCCCUGGACAGUAUGCGACGCCUGCGACUGAGCAAGGCUGAAGGCCGCCUCGAGGGACCCGCAGACACGCUCCUCUACAGCCUCUACGGGGUGGAGCCGCGGCUCUCCAAGAAUCCCAUGAGUGUGGGCGUGGCGGACAUGUGCCUUAGCGCCCUCUACCUUCACGAGGUGAGCCAGCAGAAGCGCAAGGCGCGACAGUCGCGCAUCGUUGAGAUGGAGGACGAGCAGCCAGGGCCCAGCCAUUGGCAACGGCCACCAGGGCCAGGCGGUGCUCCUCCGCAACCGCCGGCUGCAUCGAGCGCCCGCCAUAACGUGAUUACCUCAAAGGCUGCCGAGAGCACACCGCUGCUGGGUAGCAUCCGCUCAUAGCAGCGGCCCGUGUGGAUCUAAUAAUCUACUUAGCGCUAAGAACCCCAUUCUGCUAUUAGUGAUUAAAGUAAGUUUUAAAGUCAGUGUGAAUCGAAGCGGAGGACGUCUAGUGCAUAGCUAUAUUAAUACUAAUACGAAAACGAAACGGAAACCGAAACCGAACUAAAGUAAUCUAAACGACAAGCAAUAAACCUAACAACGUCAUCAA